AUGAAGCGCGCACGAAGCAAGCAUUUGUUCUCGCGCAAGCGCAAGCAGUCUGCAGCCGGCGAACCUCACUGUCCUGCACCGGGCACUGAAGAAGUUUAUGUGAAUAGCUUUGGGACCAUCAUCACGGAGGGUUUGCGCCGCUUCGAGGAGCACUACAGGCCUCAGUGUUUGGCGGAUGGUAGUGAGUGGGCCAAGUUAGCACAUUCUUUGCGGCAGAGGUGCACGUUGCAAGAGCGGGCUGCUUCAUUGGCGGUGGUGCAACACAAGGCUCAGACCUUCCCAGGACCCUGUGGCGACAAGACACGUGGGUUUGAUCGUAUCAUUUGUGAUGUGCCGUGCAGUGGAGAUGGCACAAUGCGGAAGCAUCCAGAGAAAUGGCGAUCAUGGAGCCCGCACUUGGGCAGAGAGCUUCACUCCCGGUUCAGUGGAGACGGCAGCGAGCCACAGAAAGACUACAAGCUGUGGAAGCGAUGGUCGAGGGCCUAUCUGGCAGUGCAGAGAGCAAAGGGGGCAGAUGAAUCUGUUUUCGGAGCUAUGCUGUUCACGAUGCUGGAUGGGACAGCGCUUCGUUCCUUCGAUGCUGUCAACAUGGACGACCUGGAACAAGCUGGCGGACAAGAUCUGAUAUACCAAGUGCUGGACGACAGGUUUCCUGAGGAGGCUGUGCAUGAUCGUUUGGGCGAGGUAUUGGAUCGGGUGUUUGAUCUCAAAGUUGACCGUGGCGAAUCAACAUCGCAGUACACUGGGAAGGCACGUGCAGCGUUUUCUGCAGCAGAAGCGGAAGGUCGUCAGGGUCACCAUGCUGCAGUUGUUGAUGCUGAAGCGGAGGACGACGAUGCAGGCGACAUUGGAGACGUUCUCGUAGCUGAAGACGACGAGGGACUGUUGGGUGAUGACCCAAUCGAAGAGCAGGAUGCAGUGGACGUCCUACUCUCCUGGAAGCAGACCAGGCAGAACAUCAACAAGGAGAAGUUGUCGCGCGGGCUCAAUACCGGAGGACUCAAAAAGACUGUGGAAGUGCCGGUCCAUCAGUUGAGCAUGGCACGACUGACCAUCAUGGAGUACCAGGACGGCACCGCCGAUGAACAGUUCACACCAAACUGGAAGAACAGCUUGGAAGCUCGCCGGAAGACAGAGAGACCUUGGAAGGGCAAGACAAUUUUCUACUACCUUCAAGGUCACGGAUCAGUUGAAGAAUCAGAAAAGACAGAAGUCAACGAUGAAGCAUUUGUGCGAUUGCUGGAUGCUGAAGACACGCUGGAUCGAGAGAUCUUUGGUGAUGAGUACGGCGUUCAGGUACUUUUUGAGCCGGAGGAGGCGGAUUGCAUCGACACCGAGGUGGCUGAGAUCACAGCAGCCUUUUUCGAAGUAGCAGGAGAAGAAGCCUCCCUCGAAGCGGAAAUGCUCAGACUGUAUGGCGAAGCGAGCGCCAAAAAAAUGCCAGUGCUGCAGGGUCUCAGCAAGUUGAGGAUGAUCGAGAGCGGGGUCCCUUCGAGCGAGAUCCUGGAAGCUAUCCGGAGCGGCUCGGAAGGCGAUCGACCCUUGGAGUUCCAAGGAGAGUUAGGCGACGCGGAAGACACCGCAGUGAAAUCCCAGUCGGAGGAGCGGCCACCUGAGAGUUCCCGGGUGGGCCCUCCAGGAUGGGCAUCGGAAAAGAAGGCGGAGAAGCCCUCUAGGGUGCGAGUGAAGGAGGAGGAGUCGGAAGAGAAGCCGGGACCAUCGUCAGGUGCCGGAGCGGUGGAGCCGGAGUUGGACCCGGAGCAAACCCUGGAGGGCCGGGAGUUAGACAGCAUGCAACAGCCCGAUUGGGCCACGGUCGAGACCCUCAUUGAGGAGGACAGGCUACCUAAGUCCGGCGGGGCGAUUUUGGGCGUGGAAGCCAUGACGCGCGCCGUCGUAUGCACGGAGGAUCAACAGGGAGAACGCCAGAUCAGCGGAGACUGUGCGGUCCCUGUCACCGAACUCCCACCUGCGCUGCGGGGCGCGGGAGCUGAAGACCUGGAGGAGCUUGAGGUGACCCUGGAGAAGGAGAAGGAGACCAAGACGAAACACUACCGAGAUCAUCCGCUGGAGCAAGUUGAGACCACACCCAACGGAGUUGAGCUGGGGCCGGACUCCGACGACAGCGAAGGCGAUCCAGCGGCUACCGAUUUGGAGAUGCACCAUACUUUCGUGCAGCUGGCCUCAGGAGGAUCAAGGUUCGCAGAACUGCAAGUGGACCACAGCUGGGGCGUGGACUAUAAGCUCUGCAACAAGUGCUUCGGAAAGAACGCAGAGUCACCCACGUGCCCCUUGCUAUGUGACUUCGUGUUGGUGAAGGGCGGCCGGGCUGUCCUUCGCUGCGGGCGGCGAUGCAGGGGCGAUCAAGUACAAGGGCACCUGAACCCAAGUGAGCCAGGCUUCGACCUCUCGAGUAGGUCACGCGCGCAGGCCGUGGAGGCGGCCAAGCAACCCAGCUUCGGGAAGCGGCAGUGGCUCAAAUGCUUUGUGAGGGAUGGGACAUCCUGGCAAGUGGAAGGUGUUAGGCUCAUCUAUGCUCAUCAGGCAUUAUUGCCGCAGCAACGUGAUCAGUCAGCCAAGAGAUCUGGCGGUGCAGACCGUCCACCUGCGGCUGCGCUGCAGCCUGUGGAUGAAGUGGAGCCGCUGGAGCCUUUUAAUCACCCUGAAGAAGGUAAAGUGAGCGAGGCACAUUCUAUCAAGGAUCCAUUGGGCAGCUUCGAGAACAACAGCCCACGACCGCCGCCAAGGCCUGGUGACUUCGAGGAGCUUUCCAACGCGCCACACAAUUUGCCAGGGGCAGAUGCAGACCAUUUGCAUGGGAGGUUGGGCUUGAAAGCGGAUGGCUCACUGUUGGUGAGUCCAACUCCACUGCCGCCUGGUGGCCUGUCAGACGAGGAUAGACGUGAUGCCCAUCGGGGGUUCUGUUUCAAUUCGCGCGUGAGUGACUCUUUGCCAUUGGACAGGCAACAGAAAGAUUUCCGGUCGGCGGCCUGCCGGAGAAAGGCAGAAGGAUAUCCAAAAGAUCUUCCAACAGCCACCGUCGUAAUGGUUUUUCACAACGAAGCGUUUUCCGCGCUUGUGAGGUCCGUUCAGUCCGUUCUCAACACUUCCCCGUCGCAUCUUCUGGAAGAGAUCAUCCUCGUGGAUGAUGCUAGCCAUCCUGAUGACUUACGUUUCUACCGCAAGCAUUGGCGCGCGGCUCUGCAGGGCUCAUGUUUAGUUGGGCCAUGUCACAGUUGCCGUUCACAUCCCUGGGGCAGUUCCUCCAUGGUUUUUAUCCAGCAUCCGUGUGGGGAGGAGUGCGACGUCCAGUUUAAAGAUGCGUAA